AUGUCUAGCUUAUUGGUGAUGAUGAUGAGUUUUUGUGCAGCUGCUGAUUUCGGCUUUCCACGCAUCGUACCUUAUUUGACGCCCGAAGCAAACUCCAGCAACGGAGUCAUAUUUUCGGUAGCAAGAAGCCCGGUGCUCGACCACAAGUUUUUCAAACAAAGAGGCGUUAAAAUUCCACCAUACGCCGUUCCUCUUUACGAACAGCUCAAUUGGUUCAAAACACAUCUAAAAUCUGUUUGCGGAUCAAAUUGUGCAAAUAGGCUAGCAAAUUCUCUUAUAUUGCUGGGAGACAUUGAAGCCAAUGACAUCGGCUAUUCACUGCUCCAAGGAAAAUCCAUCAAAGAAGCACGGACUUAUGUGCCCAUUAUAACACAAGCUCAAAUAAAUGUUUCAAGGGAGCUGUUCAAAAUGGGCGCAAGGCAAUUAAUAAUCCCGGGAAAUGCUCCAAUCGGAUGCUUUCCUUAUAUCCUAACUGCAUUCCCGAACAAAGAUCCAAAGGCUUACGAUAAAUUUGGUUGUCUUAAAAGCGUAAACAAUCUGAUGACAUUUAAAAACAACCAUCUCCAACAAGCAAUCGCAAAGCUUAGAACAGAGUUUCCUAAUGUCAGCAUAUUUUACGGCGCAUUUGACGAUGGCGUGCGACAAUAUCUUACCCAGUUUAUGGCAGGCAAGUUAAAUACACCUCAUUUUUUCUGAUAUAUUAAUUUUUAAGCUUGAGUGUUGUCUUUCGAUAUUUUUGGGCCUCGUUUUCGUAAAGCUUAAAAUUGUUGAUUAUAUGUUGUCAUGUAACAGGACCAAACAGAAACAACGCACUGAAAGCUUGUUGUGGAUUUGGAGGGAAAUACAAUUUUAACAGCAACAGGUUUUGCGGGAGUCGAGGUGUACCUGUUUGUCCUGAUCCGGACAAUUAUAUAUUCUGGGACGGCUUGCAUUUAACUCAAGAGGCAUCUCAUCGUAUCGAGCAGAUUCUCAUCCAACCGGCUCUCUCGACGCUCAACUGUGCAUCCUAACUUUGCAUGGGCUAAGAUUUCUCCAUAUUUAACCGAGGUUAAAUAUGCAUUAUACAUCGAUCGUCAAUUGUCAAAUAAAGCUAGCAUCACAUUUCUACAUUUCUAAUAAUAAAGUGAAUGAAGUUUGUAUUACAUUUUCUGUUUAUCAUGGUUGGUUGGGGCCAUGGAUCAAGAUUGUAUUCCCAAUCCAUGUAUGGUUGAAUGUUUAAUUAUGAAGCAAAUUGGAACAAAAUGAUUUCAAUCUGUAUGAAGUUAUGUUUCAAGGAUGGUUUGUAAUUGGUGUUUAUUUCUAAUACUAGUGCACUACCCGUGUACUACACGAGUACUUGUUAAG